UAAAUUUCGUUCAUAAAACUUCACAAGGAAGCUCCCCCCGAACGCCCAAAAGCCAAAAACAAACAAAUCCAAUACCUAAAACGUAAGCUGCUUUUGUGGCGGGAAGUCGAAAAGAUCUCUUUUGAGAGGGACUGGCUGCGUGGCGACCGAGAGAGAGAGAGAGAGAGAGAAUGGGAUCGGAGCCUCCUCUUCCUGAAUGGGCGUCCAAGCCUUGCAUCAUGGGCAUAGAUGAAGCUGGAAGAGGCCCUGUUUUAGGACCGAUGGUGUACGGCUGCUUGUACUGUGCCCGCUCAUAUCAGAAAACUCUUUCCUCCUUGAACUUCGCAGAUUCAAAGACACUAAAAGAAGAGAAGAGGGAGGAAUUAUUUGAAAAUCUAAAGUCUGAUGAAUCAAUUGGAUGGGCUGUUGAUGUCAUAGAUCCAAAGGAGCUCUCAGCUAAAAUGCUAAAGCAAAAUAAGAUAAACCUUAAUGAAAUAUCACAUGACUCUGCGAUUGGCCUCAUUAGCAGGGCACUAAACAUGGGUGUUCUUCUAACUGAGGUUUAUGUGGAUACAGUGGGUGAUGCUGAGAAGUACAGAAUAAAACUAUCUGAGAGGUUUCCUGCUAUCAAGUUUGUGGUUGCAAAGAAGGCCGAUAGUCUUUUUCCAGUUGUCAGUGGAGCGAGCAUAGUUGCAAAGGUCACAAGAGAUAGAGCCUUGCGGGAAUGGGUGCUUGAUGAAACAGCAGACAACAUGCAUAAGAACUUUGGUUCUGGAUACCCCGGAGAUCCUGGAACCAAGUCCUGGUUGGAACAUCACAAACACUUGGUUUUUGGAUUCCCAUCAUUGGUUCGUUUCAGUUGGGCUACAUGCACUCCCUACUUCAAGGACAUGGUUGAAGUCUUAUGGGAAUCUGAUAAAACAGACGAAGAAGGUUCCAGCAGUGGUAAUGGCAAGCGGCAAUUGAAACUAAGCAAUGUUGGUUUCUCUACAUCCAAGAGGAAGAGUGAAGAAAUUGAAUCAAGUGGUAAAGGGCGCUGCAAGUUUUUCCAGGCUCGCAAACUUGAGCAACUCACCUAUUUCUAACUUGUGACAUUCUUUUGUGAGUUCCAGUAACUCUUAUCUUCUUGAAUUCAAUUAGAUAAUCAUCAGUUGGAACUUCACUCAGCUUAUAUAAAGAUGGUAGAUGGGGGAUUCCAGGAUUGCUAGAUUUACACUAACUUGGUGGCAAAGGGAUUGAGUUAUACGAUUGAAAGAUUACUGAGAGUGGCUUGUCAUAUAAUUCUAUAUGCAUCACUUGGAAA